CUACUAAACCACAGAGUAGCUUAUUCACUAUGACUAAAGCUAAAGCUGCACGUUAUGCACACAGGUUGGGGAGGGAGCGUCAUCCUGCACCUUUAGGAGGGACACAGUGGACAGGGUGACUUAAGAACCUCAGAUAUAAAACCUGACAGGAGGAUUCUGCUGCUACAUUCACAAUGGCUUCGUGGAAACCGCUGCAGGUUCUGGCUCUGCUGAGCCUCCUCUUUGCAGAAUCACACGCACAGCUUGGCGAGUGCGGCAUCGCUCCUCUAAAUCCCAAAAUAGUUGGCGGUCAGGAUGCAACCCCUGGAAGUUGGCCUUGGCAGGUCAGCCUGCAGAGGACUGGACUCGGACAUCUGUGUGGCGGCUCCCUGAUCACCAAGAACUGGGUGCUGACCGCAGCUCACUGCGUCAGUCGGUCCAGACCAUCGGCAUUUCAAGUUUUUCUCGGUCUGAAUCAGCUGCAGGGUGGCAACACAAACACCCAAGUAAAUGUGGGAAUUGCUAAAAUCUUUGUGCAUCCUCGAUAUGACAGCAGUACCUCCAACAACGACAUUGCGUUGCUCAGACUCUCCUCACCAGUGCAGUUCACAGACUAUAUCAGACCAGUGUGUUUGGCAGCGAGUGGCAGCCGGUUCAACAACGGCACCGAUAGCUGGGUGACCGGCUGGGGAAACGUAGGAGAAGGAGUACCUUUACCCCCUCCUCAAACUCUCCAGGAAGUGGAGGUGCCAGUUAUAGGAAACAGGCAGUGCAGCUGUUUCUAUGGAAACAUUUUAAUCACCAACAACAUGAUCUGCUCUGCUGUUCUGUCCGGAGGAAAAGACUCAUGUCAGGGUGACUCAGGAGGUCCGAUGGUCAGCAAGCAGCGCUCACGCUGGGUCCAGUCUGGGGUUGUUAGUUUUGGCAGAGGCUGCGCUCGGCCCAAUCUGCCUGGCGUCUACACCAGAGUGUCCCAGUACCAGUCCUGGAUAAACUCCGUCAUCCCAGACAAUAAACCAGGAUUUGUACGGUUCACUUCCAGUGGAGUGGAUCCUGACAGCAGCUUCAUCUGCCAACGGCGGCCAUUUUUACCCAAAUAACAAGAACAACACUGAAACCAACAACUCCUGUGAAAAGGGGUUGGUUCAGAUGUUAAAUUACAAAGUUAAGUAACAUAAUUCACUGCAAAACCACAAAAUCUUAUGAAGUAUUUUUGUCUAGUUUUUAGUGCAAAUAUUAUUCCUUAAUAUUGAUGAAGUACAUGUUCCAUGUUAUAUGUAAAUUUAUCUGCCAAUGGAUCUAGUAUGUUUUCGUCAAUAUUAAGGAAUUAUUUACUUACAUACUGCUGAAAAG